AUUUUAGAUCCGCAAAAACCGAACAUUUCACGUUGCAGUUAUAAAUCCAAUUAUUUUUAAACAUAAUGAAAAUGACGAAUAAACAAAGUGGAACAUUCCAAGCUUAUUAUUGAUUCCACGAGGAAAUGUAGGUAUUGGGAACUUUGUAUGUAUAGACACGGAUGCUUCUUCAUCGAAUCAGCGCUUAGUCUUUGAUGAUCUUCAUUCUGAUUGUGUACUUCGUUGCUGCAAUUUUGAAUUUUUAGCAAUCUCCUUUAUCACAAGUCUUUAACCUUUCUCCUUUGAUUUACUCAAGGGAGAGAGAGUAAAAGUAGAAACAAUGCUGGCCGCUAAAACCCUUCCUCUUCCUUCCCCGCGCUUUAAAGACUUAACAUUUCGGGAUUCUAAUCCUCACUUCCCAGUAUCUCUCCCAACCAUAAAAGCCAAUGGGAAGAUCAACAGCAAUCCUUUCCUGAACUCAUGUCUCAAAACAUCCUUGGAGUCAAUUGUAGCACCUGCGCCCUUUUCCACUCCUGCACCAACCCGAGUCAAAAUCCUUUCAGAAGCACUACCUUUCAUUCAGAAAUUUCGUGGUAAGACAGUCAUAGUAAAAUAUGGAGGAGCAGCAAUGAAAUCCGAGGCCCUUCAGGCAUCUGUUAUUGCUGAUCUUGUCCUCCUCUCUUGUGUUGGCCUCCGUAUUGUCUUUGUCCAUGGUGGGGGGCCUGAGAUCAACCAGUGGCUUGGGCGGUUGGGGAUCAAACCCAACUUUCUGAAUGGCCUUCGUGUAACUGAUGCUUCUACAAUGGAAAUUGUCUCGAUGGUAUUGAUUGGUAAAGUCAAUAAACACCUUGUGUCCUUGAUCAACAAGGCAGGGGCAACUGCAGUAGGGCUAUCAGGUAUUGACGGCCAUCUCCUAACUGCACGGCCCUCUCCCAAUUCUGCACAGCUUGGCUUGGUUGGCGAGAUUGAAAGAGUAGACCCUGCUGUGCUGAGGCCUCUCAUUGACAAUUAUCAUAUCCCCGUGAUUGCAUCUGUUGCAGCUGACAAGACUGGGCAGUCCUACAAUAUUAAUGCAGACACAGCAGCAGGUGAGCUAGCUGCAACAUUGGGAGCAGAAAAGCUGAUACUCUUGACAGAUGUGGCUGGUAUCUUGAAGGACCGAGAUGAUCCAGGAAGCUUGGUGAAAGAGAUCGAUAUUAAAGGGGUGAAGAAGAUGAUUGAUGAUGGGAAGAUUGCUGGUGGUAUGAUCCCGAAAGUGAAUUGCUGCUUGAGGUCUCUGGCUCAAGGGGUACGGACUGCAAGUAUUAUUGAUGGACGACUUGAGCACUCGUUACUACUCGAGAUCCUCACUGAUCAAGGAGCUGGAACUAUGAUUACUGGGUAAAAUCACUGUGGGAGUUGCACAAGAUUUAUAAUGAAAAGUACCCAAGAGUUCAAUGAAAUUGACUUCUCAAAGCAACUAGUCUUUGGUUAUCCUUUCACAUGUGAACUGUAUUGCUAGCUUUUUCUUUGAUAUGCAGGAGCAGUGGUGUAUUCUGGGUUUGAAACUUUGAAUUGUUGUAUUCUUGUAUAAAUAAGUGCUCAUGCCUUGAGGUGUGAUCCAAAA